UACAAGAUGAUAAUAGACUAAAAUCAACGAUAAUGCACUAGCAAGUAGCCUACACUAGACUAAAAUAUAUGAGCAUGUUCGUUCGGAUGUAAUGCAGCAGUCAGAGAGAGCUGACUAUGCAGAAGAAAUAGCCGGGAGUGAGUAAGACAGUCAGUUUUCUCUUCCCGGACAGCCAGAGAUUUCCCCCGCUGCUUCAAACCUCCCACCCACUUCUGUCCCGCUCCAGUCCCGGAGGAGAGUCCGACACGAGCGGAUCUGGAGCAGCGGACCCCGCGCUGGGCUUCUGAUCCACCGACACCGCGUCUCUUUCAGCAGCGGGCGUCUGUCGCUUUACACGCGAGGGACGAGAGCUGAACCGUCGCGCUGCGCUUCUGAAAUCAGUCCGGUGCUCUUCUUAACGACCAAUGACUGCCGCUGACGUUCUCCCUAAUAUCAUUAUCGGUUCAGAAGUGAGGGGACAGACAUAAAGUUUUGAGUGAGUUUAGAGAGAUUGGCGUACAGAAGAGCAGAGGAAGAGGAGCGCGUCCCCCACAUGAGGGCGAGAGCCGACUGAACUUCAUUCUGCCAUUCACACAAUAUGAAGAAAUGUCUGAGGAGACGGAGCUGGAUGUGAGAGGCGGUGUGGUGUGGAGAGAGCGAGAGCGAGAGCGAGAGAGGGCACACGAGUCCACGGCCAGAGCCAGCAGCAGCAGCGGUGCAGAGGGAGGAGGAGGAGAAGGAGAAAGCUCCAUGCAGUUCAGCACCAGACCGGCCAGCGCCGAGCCGGGCUUCAUGGGGACAUGGACACAGCAGAGCACUGACAGCAACCUCCUCUUCAGAAUGUCCCAGCAGGCCAUCCGCUGUACUCUGGUAAACUGCACAUGUGAGUGUUUCCAGCCGGGAAAAAUCCACUUACGGACAUGUGACCAGUGCAAGCAUGGAUGGGUCGCUCAUGCUCUAGACAAGCUGAGCACACAGCAUCUCUACCACCCGACGCAGGUGGAGAUCGUACAGUCCAACGUGGUGUUUGACAUCAGCAGUCUGAUGCUGUACGGGACGCAGGCGGUUCCUGUCAGACUGAAGAUCCUGCUGGACCGUCUGUUCAGUGUUCUCAAACAGGAGGAGGUUCUGCACAUCCUCCACGGCCUGGGCUGGACCCUCAGAGACUAUGUCAGAGGAUACAUACUACAGGAUGCUGCAGGCAAGGUUCUGGACAGAUGGACUAUAAUGUCCCGGGAAGAGGAGAUCAUCACUCUUCAACAGUUUCUGCGCUUUGGUGAAACCAAGUCUAUUGUGGAACUGAUGGCCAUCCAGGAAAAGGAGGGUCAGGCCGUCACAGUGCCCUCGUCAAAGACUGACUCUGGAAUCAGAACUUUCAUUGAAAGCAACAAUCGCACACGUAGUCCUGGCCUUCUGUCACACCUAGAGAACAACAGCCCCUCUAGCAUUCACCAUUUUGAAAACAUUCCAAACAGUCUGGCCUUCUUGCUGCCCUUCCAGUACAUCAACCCAGUGUCAGCCCCCAUGUUAGGGCUGCCACCAAACGGUCUGACCAUUGAGCAAUCAGGUCUCAGAAUGCGAGAGCCAAAUCUGCCCAAUCAGAGUGAGCCAGUGGAGACCAGUGAAUCUGAAGUGUCCCUUUCACCAUUUCGUAGCGGUCAAAGUCCCAGUCGAGGAACAAUGGGAACCUUACCCAAUGCCAUUGAACCUAAGACAGAACCCAACAGAGCUUCCCCCAUCUCUCCAACACCAUCUACACAGCAGUCCCAGCAACCGCAGACACCAACGCAGCAAGCGCAGGGGCAGCAACAGCAGCAGUCCAGCAAUCUGAACCACCACCAAAUCCAUCACCAUUUCGAAAAGAACGAACAAUCGAAAAACAUUACACACUCUUCUUUCUCUUCCAAAAUGCAUCGCAUGCGUCGUAUGGGUGCAACCUCACGUAAGGGUCGUGUCUGCUGCAACUCCUGUGGCAAGACUUUCUAUGAUAAGGGUACUCUAAAGAUCCAUUACAACGCUGUGCAUCUGAAGAUUAAGCAUCGUUGUACUAUUGAAGGCUGUAAUAUGGUCUUCAGCUCAUUGCGAAGUCGUAACCGCCAUAGCGCUAAUCCCAAUCCUCGGCUUCAUAUGCCCAUGUUGAGGAACAACCGGGACAAGGAUCUUAUUCGCUCCAGUUCUGGGACAGCAACACCUGUCAUAUCAAGCUGCAAAAGUGGCUUCAAUCUGACCAGCCCCGGUCGGCCACCGCUAAGCUUUGCCACACCUCCUCUUGACGCCAUGAUACAGUCCCCUCUGCAGAGCCCUCUUGUGUUUCCUUCCCUGAAGUCUGUGCAGCCAGUGCAACCUGUGCCACCCUUCUAUCGCACACUGCUCUCUCCCGCUGACCUAGUUAGUCCCCCAGUCUCACUGCCCACCAGUCCAAUUUUGCCUACCACAACCAACAGCACAUCUCUGACGGACCAGCAACAGAUGUUAACUUCUAGCUCCCACAAUAUGCAUGCAUAUGAAACUUCGAUGUUUUCUCAUCGCCUGCCCACAACACCCAGUACCCAAGAUUCCGUGACUCUGGACCCUAUGCCUAAAAAGAAGCCUCGCAAGUCCAGCAUGCCAGUAAAGAUAGAGAAAGAAGUGAUAGAUGUGGCAGAUGAUUAUGAGGACAAAGAUGAUGAUGAUGAUGAAGAUAGCUGUCACCAUCACCACCAUCAGCCAUCAAACAUCCAUAACAAUGUCAAUGGAAACUGCAACAACAACAAUAACAGCAGCAGCAGCAGCAGCAGUCAUCAUUGUGAAGGUAGUGGACAUCAGUCUCCACUGCAUGAUGAAAUGAGUCCCAGUCUAGCCCUUAGAGGCAUGCUCCAUCCCGACCAAGAAGUUUGCAGUGGGAGUCACGGUAGUAGAGGUCAUGGCGACCUGCGCUGUAUUGACAGCUUUACCUCUGAGGACCAAGAUCAUGAGCGUGACUUUGAAAAUGAGUCCGAGACAUCUGAAUCCAAGAUGCUCUACCGCGAUGAGCUGAUGGACCCGGACGUACAUCAGCCUGCCCUAGACAGAAGAAUUAGCAAGGAACACCGGGGGGCAGAAGAUGAGGGACACCUACAGAAAGAUUUGGAGGACCAAACCCAUUCCCCACCCACCCAACACCAGCCUGUUAUCAAAAUCAAGGAAGAGAUCAAUGAUCCUACUUAUGACAUGUUCUGCAUGGGUCAAUAUAGCCUUUACAAUGGGGGAAUGGCAGCUGCCGCCGCCGCCGCCGCUGCCAGCAUGGCUGCUUUACAUGAAAGUUUCAUCUCCUCUAUGAGCUAUGGAUCAAGCCCACCAAAAUUCCCUUCUCAAUCCCCUGACGGCGAACUCUGCUCCAGUCCUGAUCCGAAGAUCUGCUAUGUCUGCAAAAAGAGCUUUAAAAGUUCAUACAGUGUCAAACUACAUUACAAGAAUGUACACCUAAAAGAGAUGCAUGUGUGUACUGUGGCUGGAUGCAAUGCUGCUUUCCCUUCUCGACGGAGCAGAGAUAGACAUAGCUCCAACAUCAACCUGCACCGUAAACUACUGACCAAAGAGCUGGAUGAAAUUGUCCUGGAUCCCCAGCUUACGACUUUGCCUAAAGAGCUACGUGCUGAGUUCCUGUCUACGAUCUAUGCUGACCACCAUCUGGGACUGGAGGGGGUAGGGAAUGCUGGACCACCACGAGGCAGAGGACACGAGGGAAUGAGAUCCCCAGUCACUAGAGAAUAUUCACACAGAAACGGCUACUGCCAUGGCCCCAGUGAGGACUACAUGGUGCUGGACCUGAGCACCACCUCUAGCGUGCAGUCAAGCGGCAGCGUGCAAUCCUCACAGGAGUCUGAUGAGGGCAGCGAUGAGGGCAUCCUGCUGGAUGACCUGGAGGGUGCUAGUGACAAUGAGGACUGCACGCCUAGUACUGUGGCUAAGACACUACAUAUGGAGGGAAAAGAUAGUGAGGACGCCAGGAAGGAAGGAAGAGAAGGAGCCACAGAGGAGGGGUUUCUACGCUGUGACCCUUCGUUCUCACCAUCCUUCUUGGCAUCCAGUGGAGGUAAUGGCACAGGAGGCAUCCUUUGCACCAUCUGCCACAAACUGUACAGUAACAAAGGGACCCUUCGGGUGCACUACAAGACUGUCCACCUGCGUGAAAUGCACAAAUGCAAAAUUCCUGGCUGUAACAUGAUGUUUUCUUCUGUGAGAAGCAGAAACAGACAUAGCCAGAAUCCAAACCUACACAAAAAUGCCCCCUAUACCACAAUGAUUGACUAGUCCAGACAUCCCUGCCCACCACAUUGCCUCAAGUUCCAUAUGCUCCAUGCAACAAUCCCCUCUCUGUUCCCAGGCAACAAUACCAUAAUACUAUAAACACAGCAUUGUUUCUCUCCAAACAUCUUUUCGAGUAUGAAAAGUUAGAGCAGAAUUGUGCCCUUUUGACAUUUCCAUUUUUUUUUUUUUUUUGGAAGCAAAAGACUGAACACCAUAGAUCUGUCCAUCCCUGAGACAAACUUAUUUUCAGUCUUUAAUUUGUGUCUCUUGCCUGCAGAAACAAUAAUGAGAAAAAAAAUUAAAAAAAAAAAAAUGUAUUUGUGUAAUGAUAGCUUUUAAAGAAUUCCAUACAAGAGCAUGACUGGCUUAAAAGUGUACAUACUAAUGUUGUGAGGGGCUUUGGUGUGAAACCGUUGUAUUGAUGGUUGAUAUUUCUCUUUUUUGUUCAUUUGUUUUUCUUUUAGUCUAAUACUUUCAUUUUAAAAUUUAAGCAAGACAAAGUAGCAUAUGCAUAGCUUGAUUCAUUUAUAUCGGCUUUAAAAAUGUUUUACCUUAGAAAAGAAAAAGUAAAAACAUGUGACUUGUGACUUGUUUUAUCUACCUGUUAGAUAUACAGACGGAGCUGGCAUGCUUUUAGCUCUGACAAAGUACCUUUUUUCUUUUAUUUUCAUGUUUAUAGCUUUAGUACAAAAAUUUAAAAAACUAAAAAAAUUAAAAGGAGAAAAAAUAUAUAAUUUUGCACUUUGCAUCUACACUAGUGGGACUUGUAAUAUUAUUACAAGGAUAACACUUUACAAUGAUGGUUGUCCAACGUGAAAGUGACAUUUUUAAGGAUACAGUGCCAAGUGAUAGUUACUGUACCUUUAAUAGACGUGUGCCAGAUCUUUAUAUGAGAGUUAUCUCAUUUGACAUGAUUAAACCCAAUAUUCUUCCCAUUUAGUAAGUGUUUCAGGUAUAUUCAUUUGAAUGCAGCAAAUAAGUAUUACUGACUCUGAUCAUUUCAUUUGAAGAGUAUAAGUGUAUGGUUACAGGCUUAAUUAGCCCAGAGGUUAGGUAGAGAAUCUUUCUACUGCAUGUAGUAUUACUUUAAAGGAGUUAGUAAGUGUCCUGUAAUUUAUUUUGUCUCUAAAAUUUGAUCAGUUUUAUCAUAUAAAAAUCGACAUUUCAUGGUGCCACACAAGAGAGGCUCUAAACUGUGACCAAAAUCAAAGACGAUCAGAAACUACACAUUGAGAAGAAGUUUAGGCAUUCAGUUCAGAAAUUAAUUUAUAGCAGAACCUCUGAGAAUCUCUGAUAUUUUCAUCUUUAUUUUGUUCCUGGCAAGUAUUGUCUAUUGGCCACACAAUAUCAAGACAACGAACCAAGCACUAUUCAAUUCGAUCCAGUUAGUGGGUAUUUUGAUAUGAGUAUUUAUUUCUAGUUAUCUGUUUAUAAUUAACUGAAUGCAAAUUAGCCAUUUUAAUGUCUGUUACUGUCAUUUGUAAUAAAUUAAAUGAAAGAUAAUUAUGAAUGAAUGAAAUGUAAUUUACAUUACUGAAACUCCAUUUCGUUCAAAAGGUUAUUAAUGUUGGACAAAGACUAGAUGAGUUUGCUCCCUCCUUUAUGUGCAGUGACAGUAGCAGGCCUGAUGGAAGGUAUGAAGAUUAAGAGAUAUUUGCAGCAGUGUGGGUCACUAAAAAUGUGUUGUUACACAGAACCUGGAGAUAUUUCCACCACUGAUCUGUCUAGUAAUCAAAUGUAAAUUCAUUACAUUCAGUGACUCAGAAAAUGUUGCUGACAGUACUGCAUCAUGGAGAGAGAGCCAAGCUGUCCUUCUGGUUUUCUCUUUUCCUUUCUUUCCUUCCUUCCUCUGUUUUCUCUUGCUCUUCCACCACCCUAUCCGCUGCCUCUUACCCCCAUCACAACUGCUGACAGUGUGGGGGUCCUACAGGGAUGCUGGCUAAUAGUGUACGCUUAACUUCACCGGAUGGCACACAACACAGUAAAGGAGUUGUAAUUGCCUGUUUAUUCCAUAUAAAGGGAAAAUUGAGCACAAACAGCCAAGUUUCCCUCUAGAGUCACAGCAGUGUUUUACUUUCCUUCUCUCUGAAAGGCCCAUGAAAGAGUGCCACUUCAGAGACAUUUUAAUGUUGGAAAAACAAUGGCCAAACAAAUUCAUGCACCAAUAACUACUCAAUAAGAUGACAGCAACAUAAGGUUAACCUGUGACCCUCAAACAGAAUGCACUUUUAAGACUGACAAAGGCUGGUGCUUUAUUAGAACCCAAAUAGUAAUAAUAAUAAUAACGAUAAUAAUAAUUAGAAAUACAGUAUGUAUAUAGAUGGGUAACGUGAUAUCACAAAGUGAAGGUUAUCAACCUCAUGGCCUCCAUAUUUUCCAGACUGUCAAACUAAAGACGUGUAGAGAGACACAGCAUGGACACGAAGGAAAAGCUUUGUAUUUCAAUCUAUUGAGGCUUCCAAAUCUGAAUCCCUGAUUACAUGCACAUUGUGUCUCUAUUAGCAAUAAAUGUGUCUGAUAGUUAUAUAAAAAAAGUACAGUACAUUGAAUAGCCAAAUAAUAUAUGAAGGGGUCUUACAAAUUGGGUUUUAGUGUCACUCAUUUAACAAGAGAUAUGUAUGAUAGUAAGAAGGAAGAAGUGAAGAACCAAAUGAAAAUAAGCCAGAGUUUCUCAGGACAUUCUGCUGUGAUGUGCUGAUCUCGUUUGGAGAGUAAAUUCCAACUCUUAUACUGUAGGAUCUCUGGUGGACAGAGUUGGGCAUUCAUUAACUGUCCUGCAUUGUCCGCAUAGAGUUAGGCUUUUCCCAUGGAACCACUGGCUAAAAGAGUCUGUCAGCCUUAAAUAUUUCAUUGCAGCUCUGAGGACAGGACCAUCCCAGACUGUAGUAUCACAAAAUGUAGUAUCUUGUGAAGGUGAUCUGUAAGUUUGCUGUGUUAAUGCCAUUCCUUCGAGCACAUGGAGUGAUACAGGACAAAAAUAAGAUCAAAUGGAAUUGAAACUGCAGAAUAGAAGACAUCUAUUCUCAAGAAAAAAAGAAAAAAAACCUUGUAAAAGCAAACACAGAUGAACAUUCUGAUCAGUGUGAUCAGUUACAUGAAGAUCAGUGAUACAAAGGAAAGAAAAGAAAAGAAAAACCAUAAUCCAUAAUUCAGUACAAGUAUGAUAUAUUCUGUUCAACACAGACAAUAAUAAGCCUGAAAUAAUUGUUAAACUUUUCUUUUGUUCUAAUUUGGUGUUUAAUGUAGUUGUCUUGUUUGAUCGUCCUUUAUUGCCAACUGAAGAAAAGUACAUUAACAAUAGAGGAAGUAAACAAAAAAAUUAAAAAAAAAUUGUGUGAAAAAAAAGACUUAAUAAGGGUGAUUAUUGAUAGCCUAACAAUGCUACUUUAGGUCUAAAUUGUUUACUUUUGUCCCAUGAGACAGUAUGAUGUCCUCCUUUAACGAUUUUACAUUUCUUGGAAUAUUUUGUAUCAUAACCUCUUUUUUUUUUGGCAUAAAAUGCAUAUGGUUUUUGGCUUGUAAAUGGAAUUUUUGUACAAAUCAGAAUUCUUGUACAAUUUUAUAUUAAAGAUUUAUGAGUCACUGGCA